UCACAAACAAAUAAAGUGAAGUUGUAAUAAAAUAAUAAAUUAACAAUAAUAAUCUGUAUUAUAUUUUGCUUAAUUAAUAUUACGAAGGCUAACAUUCAAUAUACUUACAACAUUAUGUAAAAUAACUAGCCAAAUUAGUAGUAGUAACCUUAACAAGCUACUGUAAAUGCAUCGCUUGUUGCCAAAGAGAAGGCUGAAGCAGCUAGAGCUUACAUAGAAAAAAAGUACUCUAAAAUGAAAAUAGUGGAGUAAUAGCGAAAAUAAAAUUGGGAAGCAAUCAAAGGUAAACUAAAGGAAAUGAAUUUGGAUGAUAACUAAUCACAGCUAAUUACUGAUGAAAUCAGAUAGAAAGAAGCUGAAUUUUUAAGAAAAUAGAGGUAAAAAAUAACUACAAAUGACUUCGAACCUCUUACCAUCAUAGGUAAAGGAGCGUUUGGUGAGGUGAGAAUCUGUAGAUGCAAAUUAACAGGAGAGAUAGUUGCAGUAAAAAAAAUGAAAAAAAGCGAAAUGGUUUUUAAAAAUCAAGUUGGACACGUAAGAGCUGAAAGAGAUGUUUUGGCCUCUGCUAACAUUCCUUGGAUUGUCGAAUUAAAAUAUAGCUUCCAAGACAAAAAGUAUCUUUAUUUAGUUAUGGAAUUUAUAGAAGGAGGAGAUUUAAUGACUCUUUUGAUGGAAAAAGACAUCCUUUCAGAAACUGAAGCUAAAUUUUAUAUUGCAGAAACAAUACUUGCAGUUGAAGCAGUGCAUAAGAUGAACUAUAUUCAUAGAGAUUUAAAACCAGAUAACAUCCUAAUGACUGCUGAUGGUCAUAUAAAACUUAGCGAUUUUGGCUUAUGCAAAGAAGCAGACAUAUCUCCAAAAAUAGAUUUUGGUAGAAGAGAUUUACGGGAAGAAAAUGGAAGCAGCUCAGAGGCUGUUUUAACAAAUUUACACUAAAUAAAUAAAGAAAGAUUUAACAGAAAUAGAUAGAAGCUUUAUUCUACAGUAGGAACUCCUGAUUACAUAGCUCCUGAAGUUUUUACCAAUCAAGGAUAUAAUGAAACUGUUGAUUGGUGGUCUGUUGGUGUUAUACUCUAUGAAAUGUUAGUUGGAUACCCACCUUUUUAUUCAGACGAUCCUAAAACCACAUGCAUGAAAAUUCUUAAAUGGAGAAAAUAUUUAGACAUUCCUAAGGAGGUUAAUUUAUCUGUGCCUGCUCAAGAUUUGAUUCGCAGAUUGCUAACUGAUGCAAAUGAAAGACUAGGAGUUAAUGGUGUAUAGGAAAUUAAAAUUCAUCCAUUUUUCUAAGGGAUAGAUUGGAAGAAUAUCAGAAACUAAAAGUCUCCUUACAUCCCAGAAAUUAAAGGACCCUUAGGCUCUCGUUUUGAUAAAUACGAAGAAGAGGAACCUUGGAAUUAUGAAUUCAACUCUGGAUAGCAAUUAUAGAAGAAUAGACAGCAAGAUAUUAACUUCAUUGGAUACACUUUUAAGAAAGAUGAAGAGAAAUCUUUGCUCAUAUAAGCUUUGUAAAAAUUAGAUUCUGUACAAACUGAAAUAGAUGAAAUAGUCAAACACAAAAAAAUGUAGCAAUAAUAGCAAUAACAGCAGAUUUAAUAAUAAGUAUAGUCCUAAUAAAAUCUAUAGAUAAAUUAAUAAUAAAUAAAUUAAUAGUAAUUACAAUCAUAAUAGCAUUUAGCUUAUUUGUAAUAAUAAUAAUAAAAGCAAAUACCACAAUAAGAAUAGAUCUAAUAAUAGCAAACAAUUUAACAAUAAAUUUCAAAGUAUUCUUAAAAUUUAUCUUCAUAAUAGAAUUCUAUUUAGUAAAAAUAUUACUUACCUUCAAAGCUUCCUUCUGCUAGUUAAAAUAACAACAACAACAAUACUAAUAACACUUCUAGAAAUUAUAAUAAUAACAGUAACAAUUUAAGCAGUACAUAAAAUAUAAACCAAAAGUCAUCUAAUAAUUUAAAUUCCAGUGGUAUUUCUCAAAAUUAGUAAGAUACUAACAAUAACAGCUAUCAAUUGUAAACUUCAUCAACAAACACAAUUAAACAACCUUUGUCAGCUAUUAAUAGCAGCAACUAUGUGAAUAUAAAAAAUAAUAUCCAAAGCAACAUGUCAUCAAAUAAUUUAAGCUCUAAUAAUGUAAAUGGGAAAUUUUCAUAGGUUAUAAAAUCUAAAAUACCUACUGAAAGAAAUACAAGUGCUAAUAGCAGUAAUAAUUAAUCAAAUACUAUUAAGAAAUAAAUUAUGGGAGAAAAAGAUGAAAAAACAGAGAGACAAAUAACAACUUAAAGAAAUAAUUAUUUAGGUAAUCAAAAUCUAGGAUUAUCCUAAGUAAUCAAUAACCAAAAGAAGACUUCAAAUAAUGUAUUAAAUAAUUAAAAUAUGAUGCAAACAUCAUCUUCAAAUAAUAUAAGCUCUUAGUAAAAUAAUUACAGCUAUAAUAAUCUCUCUUCCAAUAACAAGUUACCUACUUCUUCUGGUACUUCAAACAUUCCAUCUUAUUCAUAUAUCAAUUUGAGUUCAAGAAACUAUGAUAUUUCAUUAGAAAGGACUUAAAAUAUGAAUUAUAUCAACUCUGCUCUUAGUUAAAAUAGAAUUAAUACUGAAUAUGAUUAUUCUAAAGAAAGAGUAUCAAAAGUUGCAUAAAUUACUCCUAGAGUAACUGGAAAUAGUCCUAUGCAAAAGUCUAAUAAUUAUUAAGCUAACAAUACACCAUCAUUACUUUAGUAAAAUAGCAAUAAUAAUUUAAAUGGAUAUUCAGGUAGUAGUAAUUUGGGAAUUAACAAUUACAAUUUUUCCUAAGCAAAUACAUAUCAGCUUAACUUAAAUGCAAAUUAACAGUUUGGAGGAAUAUCAGGUGUUCUACCUACUCCUACUCACCUCUAGCAAUAAUAAUAUUAAAAUUUGCUAGAAAAUUAAAAAAAUAGUUAUAAAUUUUGA